GAAGGGCAGACAUGGAAAGCCAGAGUAAAUCUCUUUAUCUUCUUCAACUACGUUAUUCUACUUAAGUCCUUUGAUGUCCUAUCUGUAUGAUUAUGUUGGCAAUGCGUCGCUCCUUUCUGGUUCUUGUGACUUUUAUAAAACUGUCUCGGUUCCGUCACACAGCAUUUGUUUUCACUGUGGUUGUUGUUUAUCCGUCUGGCCGGGUUUGAUGCCGUUUUCAGAACAGAUGUUGCUGCCGCAUCAUUACAACCCUGCCUCUGACUCACCAUCACAUGCUGCCCGGUGGAACUCUACCGUCUGACACUGCUUUGUUUUUGUCUGACGCGCAAAAUAGGGGCGCGCUGCUGGUGAUGGGAACUCUUUGGGACUCUUUGGCGCAUGACGGAUUCUCAUGUUUCAUUUUUCCUAAAGCACACAACUGCAGGUGGAUCUCACUGACAGAAAGGACGCGGAAGACAACUUGUCUUUAAGUUACAUUUUUUUUUUAAUAUAUAUAUUUUAGAUAGCUCAUAGAUGUUUGUGCAGUGUUUUUCUGCUUCAUCUGUUUGGAUUAGAUCAGUCACCAGCAGUCACUUCAGUGGGUGAUGUGUAUAGUUUACAACUACCCAGCAUAUUAUUUUGUAACACGCCUUUUGAACAAGUACUUUUAGCGCAAAACAUUGUUGGACAACUUUUUAUUGGAGAUGAGGUUAAUAAUUCAGAUCAAGCUGAAAUAGUUUAAUGUUUGUGCCAGGCUGGUGAGGACUCUCUGUUCCCUGGGGGAUCUCAGAAGCAGAAUUGUGACUUGUUUCAGCUUCACUGUAAACAGGGUUUACACAAGAUUGGUGUGCGCAAGGACCUUUAUUUUACGCACGGCAGCCAACCAUUUGCCAUGGGAGAAAGGUGCAGCGCCAAAGGGUGUGAGGAGUCCCAGACCCGGGGAGUCUUAAGCGGUCAGGGCCAGGCACGGCCCCGUCAAUAACCGCGCGGCGAAAGCAUGCCCUCUUGGCCUAAUCUCUCGGAGGGCCUCUCCCAUAACUGCAGCUGGGAGGAGACCAACAACACCGCAAGGAACGCUGAAUUUGGCCUGCCUCCACUCAAUUACUACUCAAUCCCUAUCCUCACAGCCAUCACCAUCGCCUGCACGCUGCUGUUUCUGGUCGGGGUGACCGGGAAUGUCAUGACCAUUUUGGUGGUCAGUAAGUACCGGGACAUGCGCACCACCACCAACCUGUACCUGUGCAGCAUGGCCGUAUCCGACCUGCUCAUCUUCCUCUGUAUGCCCCUGGACCUCUACCGUAUGUGGAGGUACAGGCCCUGGCGCUUUGGGGCCGCGCUCUGCAAGCUCUUUCAGUUCGUGUCGGAGUCGUGCACCUACUCCACCAUCCUGAGCAUCACAGCGCUGUCAGUGGAGCGCUACCUGGCCAUCUGUUUCCCGCUGCGUGCCAAGGCCCUGGUUACCAAAAGACGUGUGCGUGCCCUCAUUCUUCUACUCUGGACAGUGUCUCUAUUGAGUGCCGGGCCUGUGUUUGUCAUGGUGGGAGUGGAGCGUGACAACAUGGGGCCACAUUUCAAUUUGGGGAUGAAUGACACCGACUUCUCCCUGGAGGCCGGGGACACCCGGGAGUGUAAGAUGACGCACUACGCAGUGGAGUCAGGCCUGAUCGGGGCCAUGGUGUGGCUGAGCUCUGUUUUCUUCUUCAUGCCGGUCUUCUGCCUCACAGUGCUCUACAGCCUCAUAGGCCGGCGGCUGUGGCAGAGACACAGAGAGACAAACAUCAGCUCCCGCGUGGCUCACCGGGACAAAAGCAACAGACAGACCAUCAAGAUGCUUGUGGUGGUGGUGCUGGCCUUCGUCCUGUGCUGGUUGCCUUUUCAUGUGGGUCGCUACCUGCAGUUCCGCUUUCUGGACGCUCCGUCCCCGCUGCUGUCUCUGUUGUACGAGUACUGGAGUUUGGUGUCCGUGGUUCUCUUCUACCUGAGUGCCGCCGUUAACCCCAUCCUGUAUAACACCAUGUCCUGGAAAUACCGGGGCGCAGCGGCGCGCCUCUUUGGCCUGGCCGACAGCCAGCCGUCCCGGGGCCGCACAGCCAGCACCAUGAAGGGAGACGGCUCCAACGGCUGGACGGAAUCCACAGUCAGCUUCUAAACACACGACUGAUAAAAAAAUAAAAAGUCAGUCAUACGUUGAUAACACUGACCUGAAAGCCAUUAUUUAUGUCAGACCGAAGAAACACUGUUCUGUGAGUUUUAUUUGACUGGGACUAAAAAAAAGAAAAGCGCCAGCCACAAAAAGCUGCAAGCCUCUUCGUCAACAUGCAUCAAUAGAACUUCGAUUUUUUUUCCACAGUUCACAGUUUAUUUUCUUGUUGGAUUAUUUCAGCAAGUGCCAUCCAGUAACUAUUCACACAGCACACUCAGCAGCAUUUCAAAGGCACGACUGGUGGAGGGCAAAAAAAACACCAGCCUGAACUAAGUCUGAACUGUAUUAAUUCAAAUGUGAACAACAUAGGGGCGCGCAUGCACCUAGAAACGCACACAUACAUGUAAAAAAAGCCUAUAAUAGACAUCUACAAUUGCCUUAUAUUGUAUUCAUACUCUGGAUGACAAAGGAAGCACUGUAGAACUUGUGGCACUGCUCUGUACUCCUUCAGAGAGGGGCAGAAGUGCAGUGUGUGUGUGUGUGUGUGUGUGUGUGUGUGUGUGUGUGUGUGUGUGUGUGUGUGUGUGUGUGUGUGUGUGUGUGUGUUUGUGUGUGUGCGUGCAUGGGUGUGUGUAUGUGUGAGAGAGUGUGUGUUUGCAUGUGUGUACUGUGUCUCAAGUGUCACGCUUUCAGAUGUGAUUGGAUUUCUGUGUUGUGUAAGAGAGAGGGGAUAUGUGAAAGUACUAUGUUAGUGUUAUUCACUUUUGACAUGCUGAAUGCCCUGUAUCUUGGAAAUUUAUAUCCAUGCUGUGUUGAUGCUGCCAAGACAGGCCAAUGGGGGCUGGGUAGUGUCCUUGAAAUGGAGAGAGUAAAUAUUCCCAUGUAGCCAUUUACUGCACAGCAGUGGGUUUUAACAUCAAGGUUGGAGUUCGGUACAUGGGAGCCACAAAACAAAUUGAAUGCAAUAAUUUCCAAGAUAUGUAUCAUAAUGUCUCUAGAUCUUGUAAUUAUACUUCAUUCUGGUUGAAUAUUCAACAUUACUGAAGCUGCAGGCUCUUGCUACUAAAAAAAAAUAAUUGAAAAAUAUGUACAUGAGAAGGGCUUGAGAAGGUAUCACUAAAUGUUUUGUGGCCUCUUAUACAGUACAGUGCAUUUAAAGAAGUGUUGUGCAUUAGACAAAGAAAGCUGAUUGGUGUUACUAUAAAAAUCAACAUGUUCAGUGGCCAUAAACGCCUCAGCUUUCUGCGUCUUGUGAACUCUGCACCUUUGAAACAUUUUGGAUCUCAGCCGUCUCAAGUGUGCUGAUGUCAGUUACCGUCACCCAAUGUACAGCACCCUGCCUUUUCUGAUGAUCACAGCUGCGUGGGCAAUGCGCUAAUCUGUGCAUCCCAUCCUGCAACACAUGUAGCAGAUUUGUCAUUCUGUCAGUUGUCUGAUUUAUGCUACUGUACUUAAAGAAAUCAUCAAUUUAGGAAAAGGAUGAAAGCCGUUUUUUCACCAUUCACACAUUCAAAAAAAGUACAAACACAGUCAACCUGGAGUGUUAGCUUGUCAUCUUGGGCGUGAGUUAUUCCCCACUGUCCCCACCCAAAGACAGUUCUGUGUGUACAGGCAAAAGGUGACUUCUUCAAUGUUAAAAUCAAAUGCGCACAAUGUAAGUUAUAUCACGUUUGUCUUACUUGUCUUGUUUAUUGAUUCGCCAAAUGUUUGACUUUUUAUUUAAUUAACAGUUUUACUUACUUUUCUUUUUAAAUGCUUCAAAUGAUGGAUUGCAUGGUUGCCCAGUGGAAACAAUUCCCAUGGGUUCCUUUACAGUGCAUGAUGGUGUGUGUACUGAGACAUUCUUAUGUGCCAAAGGUGCCAACCUACACAACACUAUUCUACAAGAAAGUUUUUUUUUUUUUUUUAAAUAGCCUUAACUUUAAAUGUGUUUAAGAUGCAACGGAUGGAGAUAAAAAAAAAAUGAAAGUGACUUAAUUUUGUAAAGUGUGUCAUGUACCCUUUUGGACAAACGUCUAUAAGUGAUGAUGUUGUGCUUGCUCUAACUCGUAAAUAGAUGCUUUGUAAUGCUAUACACUCACUGCUGGACACUCAGAUGCUGUCAGCAGUCCAAAUCACCGCAGCAGCCUCCACGUAUCUGCACUGGAUUUAAAAACAUGGCCACCUGGCUCUGGAGAGAAUCCCCAUUAAUAAAUGUUUUGACUGUACAAACUGAUAUAAUGGCAUACUAUUUAUUAAUCCCCAUGAUGUAUUCUAAUU